AUGGCCAAGAAGCAGCCACAGCCGCGGCAGACUGCGGUCUCCUUCGACGCGAUCAUUCAAUCCGAUCGCCGGAAGAAGCAAAAUGAGCAGCUUGCAAGCCAGAUCCUCGGCAAGAACAGAAAUGAGAAAGGCCGCCGAGCAAGCGCGCCAGGCCCAGGCGCGGUAAGCAAGUUGCCGAACUCGAAGCCGGGGAGCUUAGCCAGUCGCAUCGGAGUGCCAAAGCGAUCUGCAUCAGUUUCCGCCCGACCCAACCAGGCCAACAAGGUCACCAAGGCCAAACCUGCCCCUGUCACAGCCCCAUCCACACGAAAGUCCACAAAGCCCACAAAUCAACGUCGCCCGAAUGUCGAGAGAAUUCAGGCUGCCAUCCAGUCCGGCAAUGACCAAGCUACAGUUCGUCCCGCUCCCGCGGGUAUGACGAUUAAAGGCGCUUCCGGGCCCUUUGUAGUCAUUGGCAGCAACUUUGCCCCUGGAACGACUGCUGCAGACAUCCAGUCUGCGAUUGAGCCCAUCUCUGGCCCAAUGCUGACCUGUCGAGUCACCUCGCACCACCCCACUGUUACCGCAGAGUUUGCAUUUGGAGAGAAGUGGUGCGCCGAGAACGCAGUCGCCAACUUCCACAACCAAAGAGCCGACGGAAGACUUUUGUCGCUCAAGUUACAGCCAGCUGGAACCCAAGUAGGCACUCCGGGUACCUCGUUCAACGACCUUCGAGAGCAAGCAGAUCGCGAACGCAGGAAUCGCCGCGCAGAACCGGUGCUUCAGGAUGGCCGUUAUGGAUUCGACGAAACGGGCGGCGCUCUCAACUCAGAGGCAGGGCUUUACAGUGACGAGAUGAUGGUGGAUGCUCCGCAGCAGAAGAACCAAAACCGGCGGAGACAUCGGCGGUAA